AUGGCUGUAAUGACAACCAUCACAUUUUUGCUGUCAUUAUUCGUAAGACACGGUAAACCCCCAACGCCUCCCUCCGCUUCUUCAGAAAAUCAUUCGGCAGAGGCGCCUCCAUUCUGGAAGGCGAUAGGCAUAUGUUUCAGCAACAAACAGUUUAUCAUACAAUUGUUUACCUUCGGUCUUGCAUUCGCUGAACUUUGGGGUUUCAUGGUUAUUAUGUCGGACAUUAUCACCGAGCAAGGCUACAAUUUAUACGGAUAUCCGACAGCAUUAGCAGCGUUAAUUGGAGUAGUUGCUUCUCUAAUUUGCGGCGCAAUCGCGGAUUGCACAAAGAAGUUUAAAGAGUUGGUCCGUUUUUGCUGGAUGUGCUUUGCCCUAGUCGCCAUACUGAUCAGAAUUUGGACCGGUCCCGGUGAUUCAGUGGUUUUUCUACUCGCUUGUUCAUUCCUUGGUGCGUUUUCGAUUCCUCAGUUCCCCAUCGGAGUAGAGAUGGGAGUAGAGACUACUUUUCCCGUAUACGAGGCAACUUCUUCUGGUCUUCUAGUUCUAAGCGGGCAGCUAUGGAUGUUCGUCAUGUACUAUGUGUUUGAAACAGCCAAAGAUCUUAAGAUGAUAUAUGAAUUCGAUGAGGCGUCGACAUCCGGGAAUUGGCAGUGUUAG